AUGAGGGGUGGAUGCCAAAUGAGCUUUGUACGCAACGAUGCAGAAAGCUUGGAUGCCUCGUCUUCAAGCCGUGAGAUGCUUACAACUCGGAGCACAAAUCCCCACGGUGCCUUUGCUAUUGCAAUACAGUCGUCAUCAAAAGAAAAUGAGGUGGAAGAGAGCGAAUCAGUUGAAGAAGAGACAAAGAUAAAUGCUCCACCAGAAAUAUCUGAAAUUGGCAAUUCCAGUGACCCCGGUCCCUCUCAUCAUUGCGAUAUUAGUCAUACCAAUCAACUGAGUCAAGUUAGCAGUGCGAGUCAUGCGAGUGCUACGAGUCAAGUUAGUCACGUGACAAGUGGAAAUGGAAAUGAAAUACCGGAAGCCAGCGACACAACAGUUAAUUUCCCAGUUGAGCCACUAUCUGAUGUAUCUAUCGCACGUCGACGUUCGAUGACUGCGGACGUUCCAUCAAGGCCCAAGUCCGACCAAAGCAGCAGUUCCUGCAACAGUUCGAAGCUCGGUCCAAUGGACUUAGAGCAUGUUGAUGGAGGGUCGAGUCAAAUGUCGGUGACGUCCUAUAACCUGAUACGAACCAUUCGAAGCAGCUGUCGGGCCUCCAAGGGUCUUCUUGAUUACUCAGAUAUGAUGUUUAAAGAAAUGAUUAAGAAGUUGGAACUAAUGCACACAAAUACACGCAUGCGCAUUUCGAACGAUAUAGAGCGCGGGAAAGAGAGGAACGAACAACGAUUCACCGACAUUUCAAAUGAAAUCAAAGAGCUGAAGCAGGCUGUCGAAAAUCAAAGCAAAUUACUUGACAGUCAGAAUUUUAAUUGGCAGACGGAUGGAAAUAGUUUCACUCAAACAACGGAAUCAGAGAACGCACUGGAAAAGGACGAAUCACAUGAUUGGUCACGUGCGGCAACAAAACUGGUACGCCGCGCAGCUUCCCAAGAUGCGGAUGCGCAGGAUGCCAAGCCGUCGCGGAUCCCGGUACCAGUUCGCGUCGAAAGCAAGUAUUUGGGUCGUGCAAAGUCGGAAACUGUUGGGAGAACCCGGGACAGAUCGGAACGGCAGCAACAAGAUGUUAGGCGGAGUGAUAUUAAAGCACGAUGGAGACAUCACUACCGCGGCAGUCCACCGAAAGCAUAUCAUACGAAGCAACGCAAUAAAUCAAAGGAGAGACAAAUCAACAUACAGGAACAUAAAAGGGGACCAAAGCUAGCACAAUACCGUCAGAAAUAAUAUCAUCAAAGCAUGUAUAAAUUUUAAACUCCAGUUUCAUAGCAUAAGGUAUCAUAACUGCCGAAAUUCUGCAAUCAAGGAUUACAAUAAACAAGAGUUAAUUAAUCCUAAGAAUGUCAUUGACAAUGAUAGUUAUGAUUGGUAAAAGAUUCAACAUGGAGGUUAACAUCAAGUAUGAAGAAAAAGCUCUUGAGUAAUAACUAAUUACUGAUUACUAACUCUAAGUAGAUGGAGUAAUCCUGAUAAUGGAGCUUAAAUAAAACUGUUUCGGUUUUGGAAGAUCAAAAAUAAAUAUUACUAUACAAUGAUAUUUUUCCUGUUUCGAGAAAUUCAA